GGGAGGCUGCGGAGUGCGGUUCCCAUGGUAACCGAGAACUGCCACAAACGCCGGGGCCUGAGAUGGAGGUGGAUGCGCGCGGGCGCCUGGCUUGGCUGUUAUUGUUGAAAACUCUCUUGACUUGGACUCAGUUUACCCCCUAACAUCGAUGAUAAAGUGAUGUUGGCUGCUGCAGAAGGAGUUCACCACCUACGACUUCCCCAGCAUGUCUGCUGAAAAUAAUCAGUUAUCAGGAGCAUCACCUCCUCACCCUUCCACAACUCCCCAAUGUUCCACACAGACCUUGCCUUCAGAGAAAGAGGAUACUGAAGUAGAACUAGAUGAGGAAAGUCUACAGGAUGAAUCUCCAUUUUCUCCAGAGGGAGAGUCUCUGGAGAAUGAAGGGUAUCUGGAGGAUGAAGGGUAUCUGGAGGAGGAAGAGGAUCUGGAAGAGGAAGAGUAUCUGGGGAAAGAAGAAUACUUGAAGGAGGAAGAGUAUCUGGGGGAGGAAGAGUAUCUGGGGAAGGAAGGGCAUCUGGAGGAGGAGGAGUAUCUGGAGAAGGCAGGGUAUCUGGAGGAGGAAGAGUAUAUUGAAGAGGAAGAGUCUCUGGGGAAGGAAGGGUAUCUGGAGGAGGAAGAGUAUAUUGAAGAGGAAGAUUAUCUGGGGAAGAAAAGGUAUCUGGAGGAGGAGGAGUAUCUGGGGAAGGAAUCAUAUCUAGAAGAGGAAAAGGCUCUGGAGAAGGAAGAGAAUCUGGAGGAGGAAGAAGCUCUGGAGGAGGAAGAGAAUCUGGAUGGAAAAGAAAAUCUGUAUAGAAAGUAUCUGAAAGAACCCAAGGCAAGUUAUUCAUCACAAACCAUGCUUCUUCAUGAUGCAAGGAGUCCAGACGCUGGCCCCUCUCAGGUGACCACCUUCUUGACUGUCCCAUUGACUUUCACUGCCCCUUCUCCCGUCUCUGAAUCUGCCACAGAGUCUUCUGAGUCGCUUCUGACAUUGUACAGGAGGAGCCAGGCCAGUCAAACGGACUGGUGCUAUGACAGAACUGCCGUAAAAUCUUUAAAAUCGAAAUCAAAAACAGAGCAAGAAAUCACCACGAAGCCUGCUCCGGAAGAACGUGUUAACACUAAAGUAAGGCAAAAAAAGGAAGAAAAUGUCAUGGAGUUUGCUUCUAAAGAGAACUUUGGGGAUGGUAUAACAGAUGAGUCCGUUGACAAGCUGGAAGCAGAGGACUUAGAUGAAAAUUUUUUGAAUAGCUCCUAUCAGACAGUAUUUAAAACAAUAAUCAAAGACAUGGCUGCUCGCAAUGAACUGGAAGAGGAUUUUGACAUUCCCCUAACUAGGCUACUGGAAAGUGAAAACAGACGGAAACUCGUAAUUAUGUUGAAGAAAAAUUAUGAAAAGUUCAAGGAAAUAAUCUUAUGGAUUAAGAGGAGACGUGAAGCUCAAAAGUUAACAGAGAUGACCACUUUCACGUUUCAUUUAAUGACUGAACCAACACCUGAGAAGCCUGAGACAGAAGAAAUCCAAAAGCCUCAACAUGUUGUUCGUCAUAGGAAGAAAUUAGAACGAGAUAAGGAAUGGAUACAGAAGACAGUGGUACAUCAAGGUGAUGGAAAAUUAAUUCUCUACCCCAACAAGAAUGUCUAUCAAAUUCUCUUUCCUGAUGGAACAGGCCAGAUACAUUAUCCAUCAGGAAACCUGGCUAUGCUCAUCUUAUAUGCGAAAAUGAAAAAGUUCACAUACGUCAUUCUGGAAGACAGUCUAGAAGGGUGGAUCCGGGCCCUUAUCAACAACUCAGGCAAUGCUACCUUCUAUGAUAAAAAUAGUGACAUCUGGUUGAACCUGAGCUCCAACCUGGGCUACUACUUCCCCAAAGACAAACGCCAGAAGGCCUGGAACUGGUGGAAUCUGAACAUCCAUGUCCACGCACCCCCUGUCCAGCCCAUCUCCUUGAAAAUCAAUGAGUACAUCCAGGUACAAAUAAGGAGCCAGGAUAAGAUCAUCUUCUGCUUCACCUAUGAACAGAAGCAGAUUUGUUUAAACCUGGGCACCAGGUACAAGUUUGUGAUCCCGGAGGUGCUGAGCGAAAUGAGGAAGAAAACCAUCCUGGAGGCAGAACCUGGCCCAAAAUCCCGGAAGAUCCGGGUCCUUCUGGGGCAAAUGAACAGGCUCCUGAAUUACGUGACCAUCCCUGAUCUGGAAAACUUCAUAGAGGCCGUCAGUAUAUCACUGAUGGACAACAAGUACCUGAAAAAGAUGCUCUCUAAACUCUGGUUUUAGGGCGGGAAUUUUCUGGCAUCCACCUAAUGCCUUAGGAAGGUGGAGACCUUGGGAGCUCCGGGGAAAAAAAACCCAAAGACCUGUUGACCUUUUAUGAGAGUUGGUUUGUAAUUUGGGACCUGUCUUAGCUCCUUGGUUUGACAUAAACAUUUUUGGCAGAAGGGCU